GGCUGGCAGGAAAGAUGGCGGCGACGGGAGGAGUCCGGGGCUGAGGGAGAGCAACCCGUGAAACGGGACCAUGGCGAGGCUGGCAGACUACUUCCUGCUGGUGGGGUAUGACCUGGCCAAGAGAGGUACGGGUAUUGGUCAAGGCCGCAUCCUGCAGAGGUUCCCUGAAAAAGAUUGGGAAGAUAAUCCCUUUCCCCAGGGGAUUGAACUGUUCUGUCAGCCUAAUGGAUGGCAACUAUCUGCAGAGAAGAAUCUCCCUACAUUUUUUAUUGCUGUCCUUACUGACAUCAACUCAGAACGUCAUUACUGUAGCUGUUUCACCUUCUGGGAGGAGCUGGACUCCAUACAGGCCAUUGGCGAUCAGAGAGAUGGCGAAUCGGAGGAAGAUGCCACAAUAGCCUCUGCAGCUCAGCUUUAUGCUCCCAAGACUCUGGUACUUGUGUCACGUCUGGAUCAUCCAGAGGUCUUCAGGGACUCUCUGGGCCUGAUUUACACCAUUUACACAGAUGGCCUGAGCGUGUCACUGGAGAAUGUCGUGGGAAACCUACUAACAUGCACUAUCCCGGUGACCGGAGGAUCACAGUUGGACCAGGAGCAGAAUGAUGUGAGAACUAUAUCUCUUGGAGCUGGGGACCGUCAAGUCAUCCAGACUCCGAUCUGUGACUCCCUUCCAAUUAGCAACUGCAGCGUGGCCCUGCUGUUCCGGCAGCUUGGUAUCACCAAUGUGCUGUGCCUGUUCUGUGCAGCCCUCACGGAGCACAAGAUCCUGUUUCUCUCCCAGAGUUACCAGCGUCUGACAGAAAGUUGCCGUGCUUUGUUGGCGAUAAUGUUUCCUCUCAGAUACAGCUUUACAUAUGUUCCUAUCCUUCCUGCCCAGCUCCUUGAGGUUCUCAGCACACCGACCCCUUUUAUUAUAGGAGUUAAUGCUCUUUUCCGAGGAGAAACACAAGAGCUGCUGGAUGUGGUGAUUGCAGAUUUGGAUGGUGGCACAAUAACAAUUCCAGAGUGUGUUCAAAUCCCAUUACUACCUGAACCCCUCCUACAUCACACACAAGACGCCCUGUCAUUGGUUCUAGAUCCAUCUCUACAGAUUGCAGACCUUGCAUUUCCACCAUCUUCCAUCACUGCCUCCACCCUUCGAAUGCAGGACAUGGAAGUACGGGCUGUUUUCCUGCGUCUCUUUGCUCAGAUCCUGCAAGGGUAUCGCUGCUGCCUUCAAUUGAUCAGGGUCCAUCCAGAACCAGUUAUACGUUUCCACAAGGCAUCCUUUCUUGGUCAACGUGGUUUGGUUGAAGAUGACUUCCUCACUAAAGUUCUGGAGGGAAUGGCAUUUGCAGGGUUUGUGACUGAACGUGGACCGCCAUACAGAAGCAUUGAUUUGUUUGAUGAGCUGGUUGCCUAUGAGGUUAAAAAACUCCAGUAUGAGGAAGGUUGCCAACAGAAUGUCAUGAAACAUGUGCAGGAGCUAGCUGAGAAGCUCUAUCGAAAUGAAAACCCCUACCCUGCUGUCAGUAUGCACAAAGUCCAGCGACCAUCAGAAGGCAGCCACCUUCGCCCCCAAGACAAGUGUUUCCCUCUGCUUGAUGAAAGCAGUGUGCAGUGGAUCCUUGACCAAGCGGCUGCUAAGAUGCAAAAUGCACCCCCAGCUGUUCGCGUGGAGAAGAAGUGCAUGGUUCCUCCAGGGCCACCCAUGACUGCGAUUGUGGAGCGGACUGGCACAGUAGUGGCAAACAGCAACAGACGACUUGAAGUUGUGAGGAAUUGUAUCUCUUACAUUUUUGAGAAUAAGAUGCUGGAGGCCAAGAAGUUACAUCCCGCCGUGCUACGAGCAUUGAAGGGACGGGCAGCAAGGCAGUGCCUAACACAGGAACUUAACCUCCACGUCCAGCAAAACCGUGCAGUAUUGGACCAUCAGCAGUUUGACUUUGUUGUACGAUUGAUUAACUGCUGCUUACAGGACUGCACGGCGUUGGAUGAACAUGCAAUAGCUGCUGCUCUGUUACCUCUGGUCAUGGCCUUCUGCAGGAAGCUGAGCCCGGGUAUUACCCAGUUUGCAUACAGUUGUGUACAGGACCAUCUGAUUUGGACCAACAUGCAAUUCUGGGAAUCCAUGUUUUAUGGGGAUGUUCAAAACCACAUCCGGGCACUUUAUCUGUCCCCUGAUGAGUCCACAGUAAACUUGGAUGAGUUAGAAGAGGAAGAAAGAUCAGCCCUAGAACUUGCAGCAGAGCAGUGCCGUCUUUGGCCAACAUUGCCACGCGAGAAACAGCUGGAGCUUAUCCAAAAGGAAGAGAGUACAGUAUUUAGCCAAGCCAUUCAUUAUGCAAACCGCAUGAGCUAUCUUCUAUUACCACUGGACACUUCAAAAACCCGUCUCCUACGUGGAGGGGCUGGUUUUGGGGACACAGAAAGUGUCUCUAACAGUUUCAUCACAAAUAGUAUGGCUGGCAGCAUGGCAGAGAGUGCAGACACAGAAAGCGGGUUUGAAGACUCUGAGAGUUCAGACGUGGCUCACUGCGUUGUCAGAUUCAUCACACGCUUUGUGGACAAAGUCUGUACAGAGAGUGGGGUCACAGCAGAUCAUCUUAAAGGCUUGCACACCAUGAUCCCAGAUAUUGUACAGAUGCAUAUAGAAACACUGGAUGCCGUGCACAGGGAGAGCAAGAGACUGCCUCCGAUUCAGAAGCCCAAGCUCCUGCGUCCCUCCUUGCUAGUAGGUGAAGAUUUGGUAAUGGAUGGGCUUAGAGUCUAUCUGCUGCCAGAUGGACGAGAAGAAGCGUCAGGAGGCAGUCUAGGAGGACCACCGUUGCUUCCUGCUGAAGGUGCCCUUUUCCUCACCACCUACCGCUGCAUCUUCAAGGGAACACCUGUAGAUCCUUUAGUGGCCGAGCAGUCAGUGAUCCGGUCCUUCCCCAUAGCCUCGCUAACCAAGGAGAAGAAGAUCAGUGUUACAGCUCAGUUGGAUCAAUAUGUCCAAGAGGGACUCCAGUUGCGCUCUUGUACAUUUCAGCUCCUGCGCGUGGCAUUUGACGAGGAAGUCCCGUCCGAGGUCACUGAAAUUUUCCGCAAGCACCUGCACAAGCUGAGGUUCCCCCCGGAUGUGCUAGGCACUUUCCCUUUCAGUGCCGGUCUCUCACUCCCACACAGUACGCAGACCAGGACCAAGGACAAAAACCCUUCCCUCAAGACUCUCUCAAAGAACCUUGUGAAGAAUGCCAAGAAAACAAUUGGCCGGCAGUAUGUAACUCGCAGGAAGUAUAGUCCACCAUCAUGGGAUCACCGGGGGAGCCAGAAUUCAUUGGAACAGCAAAGUGAUGACAUUUCAGUGUCAGAGGAAAUGGAGAGGAGCACACUGUCCACUCUAAAGGCCCCUGAGAAGCAAGCAGUAGGCAAUGUGGCAGAGCGGGCAUGUUGCCGCGAUUAUCAGCGAAUGGGACUCGGUACCCUGAGUAAUAGCUUGACACGAGCCAAGAAUGAGCCGUUCCGGAUCUCUACCGUGAACCGCAUGUAUGCUGUGUGUAAUAGUUACCCUGGGCUGCUGAUCGUGCCCCAGAGCAUUCAGGAUAACACUCUGCAGAAGAUUUCACGUUGUUACAGACAGAACCGUUUCCCGGUGGUGUGCUGGCGGAGCUCUCGGAGCAAAGCGGUACUAUUACGCUCAGGUGGUCUCCAUGGAAAAGGGGUUGUUGGGCUCUUCAAGUCUCCCAACACCACCACUACAGGCCCGUCCCAGACAGACUCCACUUCUCUGGAGCAGGAGAAGUAUCUCCAAGCUGUGGUGAAUUCCAUGCCUCGCUAUGCAGAUGUUAGUGGUCGCAAUACGUUGAGUGCGUUCCCAUCCGCACAUCUCUACGAUUCUCCAGACAAACGUCAACCCAAGCUGGGUUCCCUGAUGAAGCAGGUGAUGGGAGGGAAGGAGGACAUCCGAGGAGGUCACUCAGUUCGGGGUAUUAAGCACCCCGCCAUGCGGCGUGGCUAUGCAGAGAGAGGUAAGUGGGGCAGCAUGCGUGGCAGUGGGAGAAUAAGCGCCUAUGCCAUGAACUCGGACGUAGGAACACGUCUAGCUGGACGAGAAUUCUUGACUCACCAUCAAAAUGGUGGUCCAUCAGAAAGCACGCUGACACCACGGAGAGCUGCCCUCUACAUCAUUGGAGACAAGUCCCAGCUUAAGGGAGUGAAGCAGGACCCCCUGCAGCAGUGGGAACUGGUCCCCAUUGAGCUGUUUGAUGUCAGACAGGUGAAGGCCAGUUUCAAGAAGUUGAUGAAGGCAUGCGUGCCGAGUGCUCCUUCAGCUGACCCCAGCAUGUCGUACAUGCGCACAUUGGAAGAUUCAGAGUGGAUUAUGCAGCUGCACAAGCUCUUGCAGGUCUCUGCGCUGGUAGUGGAAUUACUGGACAGUGGCUCCUCUGUACUGGUUGGACUUGAGGAUGGAUGGGAUCUCACCACCCAGGUGGUGUCUCUUGUCCAGCUGCUUUCUGACCCUUACUACCGGACAAUAGAGGGCUUUCGGCUGCUUGUGGAGAAGGAAUGGCUGUCUUUUGGCCACAGAUUCAGUCACCGCGGGGCACACACAGCUGCCAGCCAAAGUAACGGAUUCACUCCUGUCUUUCUCCAGUUCUUGGACUGUGUGCAUCAGAUACAUUUGCAGUUUCCUUCAGAGUUUGAAUUCAGUCAGUAUUACCUGAAGUUCUUGGCUUAUCACUAUGCGUCCAACCGGUUCCGCACCUUCCUUCUGGAUUCAGACUGUGAAAGGAUCGAGAAGGGGGUGUUGUAUGAGGAGAGAGGGGAUCGGCGGAGUCCCCUUGUCUGCCGUUCAGUCUGGGAAUAUAUGGAACGGUUACAUAAAAAGACUCCUGUAUUCUAUAACUACAUGUUCUGCCCUGAGGAUGGAGAGGUCCUGCGGCCAUACAGCUCAGUGUGGGGUCUCCGGGUUUGGGACUAUUACACCCAUGAAGUGUUGAGUGAGGGACCAUCUUAUGACUGGGAGCUUCUUCAAGGAACCCAGCCUGAGGAGCCUGAGCGGAGUGACAGUUCUGCUCCGCAGACUAAACGCAAAAUAAUUUGGCCAUCCUACCAUGCACCCGCACGUCUCCAGAUGGAUGCCAUCACACAUUUACUAGAGGAGUUGCAGAGUCUGGAGACUGACCUAGGGCAAGUCCCUGAACGCUGGAAAGAAACAUGGGACAAAAUAAAGGCAGCGCAUAGGACAGAAGCAAGGCAUGAGGGUCGGAAGUCCAGUGCUCUGCUAAUGCCAUCAGGUGUGUCCUCCCAGCGCCAUUCCCUUGGUGUAUACCUACAAGAGAGUGGGGUCGGCUCCACGCUAAACCUGAGCUUAGAGAGUGGGCCAAGCACAACGAGUACGCCUAGCGGAUCUGGAAAAUUGGGGGCCCGAAACAGCACCAGCACCUUGUACAGCCAGUUCAACACUGCAGAGAGAGAGAACAGAUCCUAUGAAGGCACUCUGUACAAGAGAGGUGCUUUUAUGAAGCCAUGGAAACCCCGCUGGUUUGUGUUGGACAAGACAAAACACCAGCUAAGAUACUACGAGAGCCGAACAGACACUGAAUGUAAAGGAGAGAUCGACUUGGCGGAGGUAGAGACCAUAAUGCAGGGCACUCCCACUCUAGGAGCACCCAAAACCGUGGACGAGAGAGCAUUUUUUGAUCUGAAAACAACUCGGAGGGUAUAUAAUUUUUGUGCUACAGACCCUCUGUUUGCCCAACAAUGGAUUGACCGAAUCCAGAGCUGCUUGUCUGAUGCAUGAGGUCUUAAAAGGCAGCGGUACCCCUGAAACUCUAAACUCUUGGGCGCAGUGUACCUGCAGUGCACUAAAUCUCCUUAACCAGUGGUAAAGCAGAAGUGCCCUUGAUUGUGCUUGGAGCUUGGACCAUGUGACAUCUUAAACCCCUCUAAACCGGAAUGUGAGACAGUUGAGCAUCACAAGCCUAUCUGGGGCUUAAGAAGCCAAUAAAACUGUUCCCCAAAAAGUACUAAAGAGUUAGAAGCAAAAACAAUGACAAAUUGGAUGAAGGAGUCGAGGGAAUUGAGUAUUGAAGAAGUCGCACAUAAUGUUAGAUCACUGAUAACAUCCUGUAAUUCACUGGAUUCUGAGAGGGGCCCUAGGUUUCAGGUAUUCAGGCAUUCACCCUUCUUUACAUAUAAACCUAUUUUUGACUGUGUGGAUCACUCCAACAUAGGGCCAGAAUUGCCCCACACUCAUCACUGAUCGCUGAGAUCCUCAAGAAGUCCUGCCUUCUGAUUACUGUCUUAUCCUGGAUAUUUUUGGUUCAGUGAAGAUUUUUUUUUUUCUAAUUAUUUUCCAAGGCAAAGUGAAUGACAGGCCUAGCUGUAUCUGGGUACAGAAUUUCUGGCAGAACAAGGCAGGGAUUAGAGCAGUGGAACACCGUUAUCUAUAUUUAUAAUGGGCUAGAUACAGAUUUAUUCAUUUGUUUUAAAGCAUUGGUGUUCCCAGCAUUAUAUAGAAAAAAAAAAGGAAAAA